AUGGCCCGGGAGCCGCGGGCCGCCCGCGGGCUCCGGCGGCUGCUGCUGCUGCCGCUCCUUCCGCUGCCGCUGCCGCUGCCGCAGGUGGCGCUGGGCUUCGCGAACAGCAGCUGCGACCCCUCGGACCAGUGUCCGCCCCAGGCCCGCUGGAGCAGCCUGUGGCACGUGGGGCUGGUCCUGCUCGCUGUCCUCCUGCUGCUGCUGUGUGGGGUCACAGCCAGCUGUGUCCGGUUCUGCUGCCUCCGGAAGCAGGCGCAGGCCCAGCCACAUCUGCCACCAGCACAGCAGCCCUGUGACCUGACAGUCUUCCCUGUGGACAGCGACAGCCCUGUGCACAGCACUGUGACCUCCUACAGCUCCGUGCAGUACCCACUGGGCAUGCGGCUGCCCCUGCCUUUUGGGGAACUGGACCCUGACUCCAUGGCCCCUCCUGCCUACAGUCUGUAUGGCCCUGAGCUUCCGCCCUCCUAUGAUGAGGCUGUCAAGAUGGCCAAACCCAGAGAGGAAGAGCUGGUGCCCCCCCAGAAACCCAGCCUGCUCCCUGGGGCUUCAGGCCUAGAGAACACUCCAGGGCCCCAGGAGCCAGGCCUCCAUGCCCAACACUCCCACUGCAGCACCGGUGCCCUGUGAGGGAGGCAGGGGAGCACUCCUGGAGCCAUCGGACCAGAGCCGGAGUAUGGGUGCUUGGAGCCACGGGGCCCCCAGCCUGCCCACCAUCCUUCCCCCAGGGAGACCUGCCGUCCUGCACGUUGCUGCAGCCCCAGCCUCGAUGCUGUCGCCCCACUGGCCACCCCCCAGGCAGGCUGCUGCUUUCAGCCCCAGCCCCUGGCCCAGCCCCAGCGGGCCCUGAGCCUCAAGAGCUCGAGGGCAGCUGUGACAUCUGCAUCUUUUUAGAGCGAGAAUAAAGUUUGUAUUU